UAACCUCAAGCUUGCAAAAAAGAUCGAAGUUUAUUAUUAUCGAUUUUGCUAGAGGAUGAUCGUUUUAUAAACAUAAAAAGCGGUUUGUGUUUUGUGUCCGUUCGAUUAAAUAAUCUGAAAGGCGUAAGUAGAAAAUAAACAGACAUGACCGAAGUGAGAAAACGCCGCGAAUCGGACGGUAAACCGUUGGAAUCCGCAGAAUCUGACCACAUUGACAGCGAGGAUGACAAAAUCAAAACUUCAACUGACUUAUCAAAAACCAUCCCGACAGGAACCGACAAAGCCCCGGGACUCCUCGAAUGGCUCGUCAAGGGACUUCCGGAUAAAUGGAGAAAUUGGGCAGUACGAGCCAUUUUCAGCAUGAUCAUGAUCGUUUUUUUCUUUUUGGUGAUUUAUGGGGGGCCCUUGGCUUUGAUGUUAACCACAUUGAUCGUUCAAGUGAAAUGCUUCCAGGAGAUCAUUAAUAUCGGUUACGCGGUGUACAGGAUACACGGACUUCCGUGGUUCCGGUCGCUUUCUUGGUACUUCCUACUCACGUCGAAUUACUUUUUUUACGGAGAAAGCCUCGUGGAUUAUUUUGGGGUCCUAAUCAACCGAACUGAAGGUCUUCGGUUCUUAGUCGCUUACCACCGCUUCAUCUCAUUCAGCCUCUACUGCAUAGGCUUCGUCUGGUUCGUUUUAUCCCUUGUCAAGAAAUACUACAUGAAACAAUUCUCCCUCUUCGCUUGGACCCAUGUGGCUCUGCUAAUUGUUGUCACCCAAUCCUACCUUAUCAUCAAGAACAUAUUCGAGGGACUAAUCUGGUUUAUUGUACCGGUAUCCAUGAUCAUUUGCAACGACAUCAUGGCGUACGUUUUUGGCUUCUUUUUCGGGAAAACUCCUUUGAUCAAGUUAUCGCCGAAGAAAACUUGGGAAGGGUUCAUCGGUGGGGGCAUAUCUACGGUGUUUUUUGGACUUGCAAUUUCUUUCGUUAUGUGCCAAUAUCCGUACUUCGUUUGUCCUAUUGAGUACAGUGAGAGCCUGGGGAGGAUGACCAUGGAAUGCGAACCCAGUUCCCUAUUUAGGUUGCAAGCCUACAAUCUGCCCACCUGGUUGAAAUGGUUGAAAAUCUUGGGAGUAGGCGACCAAAUCCACUUAUACCCCUUCAUGCUGCACUCUCUCGCCCUAUCAGUUUUCAGCAGCGUGAUUGGUCCUUUUGGAGGAUUCUUCGCUUCCGGCUUUAAAAGGGCCUUUAAAAUUAAGGACUUCGGUGACGUAAUACCGGGCCACGGGGGCAUAAUGGACCGUUUCGACUGUCAAUUCCUCAUGGCGACUUUCGUCAACGUCUACAUCAGCAGUUUUAUCCAGACCGACAGUCCGCAAAAGUUGCUCUCGCAGAUUUCCUACUUGAAACCGGAACAGCAGCUGCAACUUUUCAGCAUGUUAAAGGAGUCGCUCGAGAAUCGGAACAUUUUACCCGUUCGAGUUUAAAUUGACGGCUAUUUACACCGUUUUGUUUUUUUUUUUUAUUAAGGCGUUUGGAUCGUGAUUCUACCGUGUAUACGGGGAGCAUUUGUGUUUUUUUUUAAUACAUUUUUCGAACGUAAUAAAAAUGAUUAGACCUGGCGUAUCAAUAAGCACUUUAGCGUUAAAUGGAGAGAAAAUGUAGCCGUUGUGUGUUUUCUUGAUUACAUUCGAAACUUGCAAAUUAAAUAAACGGAAAUGUAAAAGAAAACUGUAUAGUCACGAUCCACAAUAAUAAUGAACGUUAAUUUAUUCUAAGGUGAUUUUGAAAUAUCUCUAUAUACAGGGAGUCCCAGGGGGUGUGGGCAAACUACCAGAUUUGGACAACUUACCUCUGAAAUACGGCAAGUUAUUUCAUUUUUAGCCAGAUCAGUAUAUCUCAUCCUGCUGGAAUCCACUAAUACAAUGUUAGCCAAUUUUUUUACAUCCUGUAUAAUAGAAUUACAGCGCAUGUUUCCUAGAUGCUACAAAUCUUAUUUCAAAAAGCUCCAAUAUAUUAACCUAUUUAUUUAAUGAAAUUGUGUGUGAAUCAGAAUAUUGCAUUGGCGUUAAUAUACAGGGUGUAAAAAAAGGAAUCCUACUUGAAUACCUUGAUAAUUUACUUUGAAAAAAAUUACGCUGUGUAAACAGUGCCCACAUAUCCUGUGGACACCCUCGUACGUUUGUACAUUUUUCUUAUUUAUUCGCGUGCCAUUUUAUUAAUUAUUAUAUAUUUGUUUUUAAAUUUAUUAUUAUAUUUUUGUUAAAUUUGUGCAAUUUAUUUAUAUAUAUAUUAUCAUAUUAUGGUGAAUGUUUCGGUGUAUGUAAAACUGACCAAAUAAGGUCGCUUUUAUCGUGAUAUAAAUGUCGGUUAUUAAUUUCCAGGUUAUUUUCAGGUGAUAUUUUGAUUUUUUAUUAUUAUUAUUAUUAGUUUUUUUUUGUUUGCUCAAUAGUACUUAUGCAAUAUCGUUUUUUCUCUUCCAUCUAAAUUGUAACUACUGACCCACAUUUAAAAAGAUUCCUUAAGUAUUCAAUGUUACUUAUGUAUUUGCAUUUAUACGUGUCUUGCAUUCAAACCUGACUAGAUAUAGAUUAUUCUAAUUAAAUUGUGUUUCCUAAAGUAAUUUUCCCAGUAUUUAUAAGUACCAUAGUUGUAUGUUGAUGUCUAAAGUAAAUUCUAUUAAAUAAAAGAAUUUAGCGAUAAU